AUGUUCGAUCAAAAUGCACUGUUUUCGGCUUCUACGGUAAAUCUGGAGCACAUAACCACCGCUCUGAACUGUCUUACGCCCUUUGGAACCAAGGACGAUGUGCUUAUUAUAAUCGAUAGAGACGGACUGUCAUUCGCAAGACAGAACAAUAAAGUAAUCAGCAUACAACUGUAUUUGUCCGCCGAGCUCUUUGUUUCAUACAGCUAUAAUCCACCAAAUAACGAUCCCGAUGCUCAUCACAAAGUAUGUGUUAAGAUCCAUCAUAUCUUGGACAGCGUAAGUGUAGCAAGUCGAGAUAAAGACGACAUUGUUGAAUGCACAUUCUCGUACAAUGGCGAAGGAUUCCCCUUUAUACUCAUUUUCGAGGAUUCAGUCAUAACGGAAAAAGUCGAGUAUUCCACGUAUUUGGUCAAGGAAUGGGACUCAACUGGACUUGAGCUACAGGCAGAUGCGGUCACUAUGGAGUGCAUACUACGCGGAGAGGUAUUCUAUAACGCACUUCAGGACAUGAAAGAAAUAGGCUGCAAAGAAUGCUACCUAUAUGCAAUUGCAGGAACGGAUGGGAGAAAUUUACUAGCCCUAGUAUCGAGAAGUCAACUGGGGCUGUCCAAGAUACUUUUACCGAGCGAAAAGUCGAUUUUGGAGAAGCUCGAAGUUUUUGACUCCACAUCAUUCGAAAGGACUUUCGACCAGCCUGUGAUCGGUAUCUUCGACUUUUCUACACUGGACAAAAUCAGAUCCAGUGUCCGCAUUGCCAGCAAAGUAUUACUGCGAAAAGAUGUACAUGGACUAAUGAGCGUGAACAUCCUAAGUCAAACUGACGACUUUAUUUACGGAAACGUGAAGAAAUCGCGGCAUGCGAACAAAUCUGGAGCGGCUCAGUUGUCGAAAGACUAUCCCGGCGUUGUGAUCGACGUCGCCAUUUUGGAAAAAGCCCGUCUUGACGACUCAGACCUGACAGAUGUCCGUUUAUUGAUGGAUGCUGGCGAGCGAAGACAAAAGCCGAGCUACGAACCUUCCAACUUGCGUGCGGGGGUUAGCGUUGAAAGAGUUGUCACACAUACGCCGCAGCAGGGCGGGUCCCUACUUUUUGGCGGCAAAAACCUAUCAGCAGACACAACUGACGCGGAAACCGAGGAAUACGUACCUGCCACCAAUGAUAUCCCGCUUUUCUUCUAA